AUGGACAUGCAAAGCGAUUUCGAUAGGUUGCUGAUCUUCGAGCACGCUCGCAAAACCGCAGAAGCUACAUACGCCAAGAAUCCUCUCGAUGCCGAUAAUUUAACGAAAUGGGGAGGGGCUCUGCUAGAGUUGUCUCAGUUUCAAAAUAUUGCAGAUUCGAAGAAGAUGAUUUUAGAUGCGGUUUCAAAGCUGGAGGAGGCAUUGGUGGUUAGCCCCAACAGACAUGAUACUUUAUGGUGCCUGGGAAACGCUCAUACUUCUCAUGCUUUUUUGACUCCUGACUUGGAGGAGGCUAAAGAGUAUUUCAGCAAGGCAACUCAGUACUUUCAGCAAGCUGUUGAUGAGGAACCCUCAAAUGAACUUUAUCAGAAGUCUUUAGAAGUGGCUGGCAAGGCUCCAGAAUUACACAUGGAGAUCCACAAGCAUGGUGGUUUAGCUCAACAAGCUAUGGGAGCUAGUGCUGGUCCUUCUUCUACUUCUUCGGGUGCAAAGAGUUCAAAAAAGAAAAAAAGCAGUGAUCUCAAGUAUGACAUUUUUGGAUGGGUGAUCCUUGCUGUUGGCAUUGUUGCAUGGGUGGGAUUUGCAAAAUCCCACAUGCCUCCACCACCUUCUCCUCCACCCAGAUAAGUGAAGAACAUCCAUUUUGGAGAUUCAAUUUCUAUUAGUCUCGAGUCGAUUUUAGGGGAAUUGAGAAUCUCAUGCCAUGUAUCGUUCCUUUUAGUUAUUUGUUUUGACCUUAGUAAUGAUUUUCCAUUGUAAACCCAUAAAUAAGUUUUAGAGAGCUAUCUUCUAUAUGAAAUUUUUGAAUUUGUUCUGGCUAUAUAUCUUGUUGAGAAUUUUA